AUGUAUCAUCAAUUUAUGGAGCUGCGUGUGGUGUGGUUCGUGGUCGUCGGGCUGUGGCUUGCCCGGCUAAGCCCCGUGCUGGCGUCCGGCUUCGGCAAAUGUCCAAACUACCCUUCAAUGCCAAAGUUUAACAUGACAAAGUUUUUGGGCAAAUGGUACGAGGUGGAACGUUCCUUCUAUCUGCCCGAGCUUGCCUCCGGCUGUACCACGCUGACCUUUGAAAACACGACGCUCCGGGACGAAGCCGGCCGGAGCCAGCUGGAAAUUUCAAUUAAAUCCGUCAAUCAGUGGACGGGAAAUCCAUCCAUCAGCAUCGGUGAAGCCGUCCCGGAGAGUGAAACGUCCUCCAUCAUGAACGUCCAGCUUCAGUCACGGCUUCCAACGGCGAUUGCACGGCUGCUGCCCGGCUCUGGCCGAUACCAAGUGCUGUACACCAACUACGACAAUUUCGCCAUUCUCUGGUCGUGCACAAGCUUUGUGGCGGUUCACGCUGAUCAAAUCUGGCUGCUCGGUCGCGAACGGGACUAUUCGACGGACAUUAGGAAAAAGAUCUACAACGCGCUGGAGCAGCUAAGCCUCGAUCCGGACCGUUUGUUCAUCGCGAAGAACAAAAACUGCCCAGCCACACUGUAA